CGUAUGUUAGGUGAGAGCCGGGAUGUCUGCAAAGAAUGCUGGCCGUCAUUGGCAGACAGCCGGGGAGAGGAGGGACGUUUCUGUGCCCGGAGCUCAUUUUUGGGACCCCUUCACUAUUCACAGAGGGGGAGGCAGGCCGCCGCCGUGGGCUGGCGAGGCGUGGGGGGCUGCGUAACCCUCCUCCUCUUCCCAUGUCCCCUAGAUCAUCCUGAACUUCACGUCCAUGGAUCUGUAUCGCAGCCGUCUGUGCUGGUACGACUACGUGGAGGUCCGGGACGGCUUCUGGAGGAAGGCGCCCCUCCGAGCCGCCUCUGGGUGGAGUUCCGCAGCAGCAGCAACUGGGUCGGAAAGGGCUUCUUUGCCAUCUAUGAAGCCAUCUGUGGGGGAGAUGUGAAGAAGGACAAUGGCCACAUCCAGUCGCCCAAUUACCCUGAUGAUUACCGGCCCAGCAAAGUCUGCAUCUGGCGGAUCCAGGUGUCUGAAGGCUUCCACGUGGGCCUCACCUUCCAGUCCUUUGAGAUCGAGCGCCACGACAGCUGUGCCUACGACUACCUGGAGGUGCGUGACGGGCACAGUGAGAGCAGCACCCUCAUCGGACGCUACUGUGGCUACGAGAAGCCUGAUGACAUCAAGAGCACAUCCAGCCGCCUCUGGCUCAAAUUUGUCUCUGACGGAUCCAUUAACAAAGCCGGCUUUGCUGUCAACUUCUUCAAAGAGGUGGAUGAGUGCUCGCGGCCCAACCGCGGGGGCUGCGAGCAGCGGUGUCUCAACACGUUGGGCAGCUAUAAGUGUAGCUGUGACCCCGGGUACGAGCUAGCUCCGGACAAGCGCCGCUGUGAGGCUGCCUGUGGUGGCUUCCUCACCAAGCUCAAUGGCUCCAUCACCAGCCCCGGCUGGCCCAAGGAGUACCCCCCUAACAAAAACUGCAUCUGGCAAUUGGUGGCCCCCACCCAGUACCGGAUCUCCCUGCAAUUCGACUUCUUCGAGACCGAGGGCAAUGACGUGUGCAAGUAUGACUUCGUGGAAGUACGCAGUGGGCUCACAGCCGACUCCAAGCUACAUGGCAAGUUCUGUGGCUCCGAGAAGCCCGAGGUCAUCACCUCCCAGUACAACAACAUGCGCGUGGAGUUCAAGUCCGACAACACAGUCUCCAAGAAGGGCUUCAAGGCCCACUUCUUCUCAGGAUCCUGCAUCCUCGAGCCCCCUCUGUUGUGGCCCUGCACCCCUGCCUGCCCCACCUGGAUGCCAUGCACUGCCCCUGUGCCCUGGUCCCUGCUUGGCACUGCCAGCCAUCCUGCUCUGCUUACAGUCCCCCCCCAGCCCCUGCCCCCUACUGCUUGCGGAGACCCCUCCCCGUGCAGCGCGAAUCCUUUUCUUCCCUGUGCCCACCUGGAAAUCCUACAGGGUGCUCACCAGAGGGCUGAGGGGAUGUAACACCUACUCGGGGGUGGGCUCGGUCCUGGGGCAACCAUUACCUGCUUACUCUUGUCUCUUCCUGCCCUUCUGUUGCUCCAGUCUUGGAGGGGGGAGGGGGACCAACACCACCUCUGUCAGGCCUAGAGCCCAGGGCUCUCCACCCCCGGGUACUGCCCUGCCCUGGCAUGACACUGGGCCAACCACCCCUCAGCCCCGCACAGACACACACACGCCUGCACACCUGCACACGCACACACGUGCGAUGCCCUGCGGCACAAGAAACCUGCAGAGGACCCUCACCGGUGGGCAUCAAGGUUGAGCCCUCAGGGCAUGGGGCAUCUGACUCUGGC